UCACUUUUUAACAUAAUGAGAUUCGGGUUCGUUCUGUUUAUUCUUUCAUCUUUCAUGGUACACGGGCUCCUGGCUUAUAACUGCACUGCCUGUGAAAACAGAACAUGUCCCCCGCGUCCAUUUGGUUGCCAAGGAAACUAUGCGAUUGAUCCUUGUGGAUGCUGCGAGCAUUGCGCUAAACAAAUGUGGGAGCCGUGUGGGGGUGAAAACUGGGAAUUAGGCUACUGCGGCAGACACCUCAGAUGUGCAAAUAUCACGGGAAACGGACUUGUGGAAAUUCCGUUAGCAGGGGUCUGUAAAUAUAUGGACAAAUACCCAACAACCUCCUACCACUGGGAAGACGACGAUGAGAUUUGCCCCGAGCAAAGCGGCUGUUACGUUACCACCGGCGUCUGUGACUGCGUGACCAAGCGGACGUGCAUCUCAGACUUCAGAUUCAGCUCUCAAGAGAUCUGCAACAAUCGUGAGGAUGAAGAUUUUCAUGUGAAAUAUUUCAAGAAUAUCUGCUUUAACGGGGGAUGUAACAUCAUUGAUGAGAGAUGUGUAUGUGAAAAUGGGCAUUGUGACCGUAAAUAUCAAUUCAGCGAUGACCAGAAAUGCAAUGCCGCUUUAGUGAAGCAGAAAUGUGUCAAUGUGACGUGCCCGAACAUGGAAGACAUCAAAUGUCCCAAGGACUCCGUGGCUACCAGACCAUACACACCUCCUGGAGAAUGUUGCGCCACGGUGCCCAGUUUCUGCACAUGUGAUUUUGAAACGUGUAAUAAUUCAUGCCCACGUGGAAAAAGGAAGAUAAUGGUAAAAGAAUCAGAUGGAAUUCCCGGAGAAUGCUGCGAUCGAUUUUUGUGUUUAUUGUGAGGAAACGGGCGCAUCUUGGGAUCCGUGCACCUUGGUCAAGGCAUUAACUA